AUGGCUGCAAAGCUUUUAGCAACCAGUUGGGAGGUAUGGGAUCUAUCAGGACAAAAACUGAAGUACCUUCCUCAGGACCUUCUGGCACCAGUUACUUUGUAUACAAGUGUGGACUUGCAGAGGAACAAACUAAAACGUGUCACCGGCAUCUCCAAAAACACCAACAUCACAGAGCUUAAUCUGUCCAGGAACAAGAUAAUCGAGUUUUCUCAAGAAAUCUGCAACUUGGAAAAUUUACAGACACUCUAUAUGAAUCAUAACAAUGUCAGAUCAAUUCCAGAAGGAAUCUUCCCACAUCUUAGAAAUUUAAAGUUCCUAAAACUCAGCACCAAUCGCCUGGCAAGGCUUCCUUCAGAUAUAAACCAGUGUCCCAGUCUUACUUACCUGGACCUUUCCAAAAACUGCCUGCAAAACAUCGAACCACUAGUUGGGCUACCAAAACUGAGGGAGCUAUUGGUUGAGAAGAAUCAGCUUACAGAGCUACCAUCCCAGCUUUUCCAGAAAGGUAGCUGUGAGCUGACCAAGUUCAAGGCCAUGGGUAAUCCACUGAGGUGUCCACCAGAGGAAGUCUGUGCUGGAGGGGUCAUGGACAUUCAGAGCUACUUCCUUCAAAUGGAGGAGAACCCCAAUGCUCAAACUACCUGGACAGUUAAAGCAAUGUUUCUGGGCUCUUCCAUGGCCGGGAAGUCCACACUCUGCCACAGCCUCAGGGAAGGGAAGCCUGUGGCAGUUGCAAUGAAGGAUCGGACGGAAGGAAUAGAUAUCACUUGGCUGUACACCCAUGAAGUCCGCUUCCUUCUCUGGGACUUUGCAGGGCAGGAGGAGUACUAUCUGACACAUCAUAUCUUUAUCACACCAAGAGCACUUGUUAUCCUUACUGUCAAUUUGGCCAGCUAUAGCACUGUAGACCCAGAGUCUUUCAAAGACCAGAUUUGGUUCUGGUUAAACAACAUACAGUUACGUGUGCCAAAUGCAGUGGUCAUGCUUGUGGGAACACACUGUGAUCAGUGCAGAGACCUGGAAGAGGUAAUGGAGAAGAAGAAAGACAUUGAUGAGAAGGUUAACAUAAUGCUGGUAAACAGAAAGAUGGUUUUAAAGUACCAGAAGAAAAAUCUGGAAGAAAAUACAGACCCAUUUCUCUACAUGGAUCAAGUGGAUGAGAUUGAUUCCCUUUUAGACUACAAUUUGAAGGUGUUGGAUCUUCUAACUCUUGACUGCACAAAGACUGAGGAUAUUGUAAGAUUCAGAAGUCAUAUUUUGAAUUGCAUUCAAUCAGAAAGCGCUUUCCUUUGUUCUGAGACCAUCUUACCACAAAGUUAUGAAGAAGUGGAACAAGCCAUCCAAAACCUUGUUACACUAGAACAGAUUCCUCAACAUGGUAUUAUUCUACUUGAAGAACUCUGUGAUUUAAUAAUGAACCAUGUAACACAGAGCAGAGAGCACCUCCACUCCAUAUUGCAAUUCCUCUUGCGAUAUCUGCACAGAAUUGGGGUUAUUAUUUGGUAUGAAGAUAUUGAUGUACUAAGUGACCAUGUGUUUAUCCAGCCUUCAUUCCUCAUUUCAAUGUUCAAGACCAUUGUGAGACAUGACCUGGUGCAGCAGCUUGAGAGAAUCUCAAGAGACCUACUCAUGCAAGAAGGAGCUCUGGUGAAACAAAGGUUCAUCUGGGUGGAGGACUUGCGGUGCAGAGGCACCCUGCACAAUGCAGCCCUGCGCAUCUUAGUCCGGAGGGAGUUAGAGAAACUGGUCAUAAAUGAUGAUGAUGAUUUGGUCAGAGAGGUAGUAGGUAACAAAAGGGAGGAAGGCAUAAUUCUCACCCUGUUGCAGCACUUUGAGGUUUGCCUCCCAACUCUUGUCAGAAGCCCCAUGAACCCCCAAGCACCAGACUUCAUCCCAGGAGGAAAUCACUGGGAGUCAGUCAGGGAGUCGAAGAGAGACCCUGAUGGAGCUUGCCUCUUCCCCAUCUAUCUGAAGGAUGACCUCAUAGUAUGUCAGAAAUGGGGUGAGAACAAGCAGGAUGAUCUCAGAGUGCAUGUGUACGUCCUUCCUGAGGUUCCACAUGGCUUCUUUCACAGACUGAUCAUUAAGACGUGCUCUCUUUACUCGACUCACUGGGUGGGAAAGGAGCAGUGUCUCCUCUGCUGUGGAAACAGACUUGCUCUGUUUAGACAGGGGGACAACAAUGGAGAUUCCUUUAUAGAGAUACGCUGCCGAAGACCUGAGAAGGAUGAAGAGUUUCGGCAGAUGUGGGAUCUGAUCUUGACAGUGAUGUCCAAGCUGUUUCUGCUGUCAAGGCAGUGGCCAGGACUGACCCAGCAGGUGCACACUCCCUGUCCAGAGAGAGGCUGUCUGCAUUAUUUUACCUGGAGAGACUGGCAGGAACUGAACAACACCAACCUUUACAGUCUUGUGAAGGAGGAAAAAUUAGUUUGCCAGGGAGGCCAUACACGACGAACGGAAUUCAUUUUUCCAAAAGUGAUGACUGAUGAGAAUGACGUCAAAGAAGACAAACACAGCAUCACAACCUCUUAA